AUGGGAGAGGUCCAAAAGGGUUUAUUCUCAGUGAUUCAGAAGCUGAAGGGCACCACGGAGCAGGAGCUGAGGAUAGUCCUACUAGGUCUGGACAACGCUGGGAAAACCACCCUCCUCAAGAAGCUGGCCUCUGAGGAUGUGAACACCAUCACACCAACACAGGGCUUCAACAUUAAAAGUGUUGCCUCCCAUGGCAUGAAACUGAAUGUGUGGGACAUCGGAGGCCAAAGGAAGAUUCGUCCGUUCUGGAAGAAAUAUUUAGAGAACACGGACUUACUGAUCUAUGUGAUUGACAGUGCCGACAAGAAGCGAUUUGAGGAAACGGGACUGGAGCUCUCAGAGCUGACAGACGAGGAGAACCUGAAGGGUGUGCCGCUCCUCAUCUUCGCCAACAAACAGGACCUGGCCACGGCGUCUCCCGCCAGCGAGAUCGCCGAGGGACUCAACCUGCACACGUAUCGGGACCGACAGUGGCAGAUCCAGGCCUGCUCUGCGCUGUCGGGGGAGGGCGUGCAGGAUGGCAUGAACUGGAUAAGCAAUAACAUUGUAAAUAAGAAGAAAUAAUUCCCUCCAAUAUUUAUCUUUCACUAUUCUUUUGAGUAUAACUUUCCAGGAACCCCCCCACAU